ACAUUUACAAAAAAAAAAAAAUAAUUGAACAGCUGCGACAGAAUUUUUCUGGUAGUGGUAUAAAAUGUGGUGAGGGUUGCCUUGUGAUCCAGACGUGAGUGUCUGAAGUAGGACAAUGAAGUGUUGCUGGUGUUUAGUGGUGGUGCUGCUGGCUGUUUCGCUAGGAGCCAAGGUCGAGGCUGAUACUUGCCAACAGGAAGUAAACUGCUUCUUGCCUAACUGUGUAUGCGCCUCUACCAACAACCCACGCAACAUCCCCGUGGAUCAGCUGCCACAGUUCGUUGUACUCACCUUCGACGAUGCUGUCAACUACAUCAACUAUGACUUUUACCUGUCCUUCAAGGACUUCGUUAACCCCAACAACUGUCGCAUGUCCAUGACCUUCUUCGUCACCCACCUCUACUGUUCCUACGACAUGGUGAAUGAGCUUCACCGUCUUGGUCAUGAGAUCGCUCUCCACUCAGUAACGCAUAAGAAUGAUCAGGAGGGUUACUGGAGGGUAGCUAACCAGUCUGUGUGGCAGCAAGAAAUGGACGACAUGAGGACAAUACUCGAAACAUUUGCCCUCAUUCCUAGAGAUGACAUUAAGGGCAUUCGCGCUCCGUUCCUUGAAGUUGGAGGAGACGACAUGUACGGCGCCGUUCACGACCUCAGCCUGCAGUACGACUGCUCGUGGCCCUCCAUGUUGUACACCAGCUGGUACGGCAGUCCUCCUCUGGGAGCUCUAUGGCCCUACACCCUAGACUACCCUAGCUUCCAAGAGUGCUUCGUAGGACGCUGCCCCACUAUAUACCCUGGGACGUGGGUGAUGCCCAUGCUUGACCUCAUGGAUGACAUCGGUCAGCCCUGUGCUAUGCUCGACGGCUGUCAGAGCGUGACAGACGAGCUCCUGACUGACGCCAACGCGGUGGAACAGUUCUUUCAUCAAAACUUCAACAGUAACUACUAUUCCAACAAGGCUCCGAUGGGUAUAUACAUGCACCAGACCUGGUUCAAUGAGGGUUCAGACGCCAGGACCGUCGGCCUCACCAGGUUCUUGGAGUGGCUGUCGGAGAAGGACGAUGUAUACGUUGUGGCCCUUGACCGCGUCUUGGCCUGGAUGAAGAACCCGGUGCCUCUGAGCCAGCUCACCUCACUUCCUGAGUUCGGCUGCAGCGACACUCCUACGAACUGCCCUAACCCAACUACCUUCAAAUUCGGGCCGGAAAGUAACUUGCCUGUGAAUACAGAUGCUCUUUAUAUGGCAUCCUGUAUUUCUGAGCAGCCUCCGUACUUCCCCUGGUUGUACAAUCCAUUAGGAGACAAAUAUGUACCCAUCCCAUGAACUCCAAGAGUCGGUCUCCAAGUUGCUGAACUUAUUCUGAAGUCUUUAUGAGUCUGCAAGACAUCUUUUUUUUGUUUUUAUAUUAAAUAAUUUUCCCAUAGAUAUUCUAUGCAUUCUAGGGUUUUUCUGCGCAUUUAUAAAGCAAAACUUUUUAGAAAUUCCAGUGAAUUUGCUGGACCUUGUUUUAAUCAUUCUCAAAAUGUCUAUUCAACCCAUGAGAGAUUCCUCACAGCUCAGGAAGGUCCUGGAGUUCAUUACCUUUGUACCUUGUUCAGAUACAUAAUGGGUCCAGUCUCUGGACCCAUUAUUUAUCUCUGUAAUCCUUUGACUACCGCCCACAGGAUGGGUAUGGGGUGCAUAAUAAACAUAUUAAAAACGCAAAAAGUCACUGAGAAACACAUGCUAGUUAAAUGAACGAUACGAAGAAAAAUCUGUUUACGGAAAAUCAGGACCUUGAAGUAAAAAAAAAAUCAGCCUCCUAGAACUCACUACGAAAGUUCGUUUAGCACUGCUUUUAUUCGGGGUUUCAGACUAGAUCUAUUUCCCUAGCUUCACUGGACGAAACCAGGUAGAGAUUGCCGUACGGAGUAACUCCCUUCAGCUAACCACACGAGUUUAGCAGUUAACGAAAUACAGUACAAGAAGUACCGCUUGUCAUCAGUUCCCACAGCACGCAUGACUCGGGUCCGUUUUUGUCCACACACAGGAGAAUCUUAUAGUUUUUUUUGAGUGUCCAUAAAGUCACCCUAGUUUCUUAAUUCAGAUGGAUUUGUAAAUAGUUUUUAUACAUGCAGAUUUGUGCUAUACCAAUAGUCGAAGACAGACAACAGUCUCGGAAGACACAAAAUGUAUGGAUAAAUAGUCUGAAAAGAGAUAGGUGAUAACUAAGGAGAGAAAGAGCUGUUGGCGUUUUCUUAUAGGAAAGAAUGAAAAAAAAAGAAAUAAUAAAAGGAAAGAGGAUCAAA